AUGCCAGAAAAGGAACAGAAGGUGCUCCAGCACAUCUUAUCUUUGCCAGAGGAUAGGCUCAAGCAAAUCCGCGGUAAACCUCAGGAAGUACUUAAGCUCAUUGAUGACUUUAGCGAAAAUGUUGAGUCAUUGAUGAAUAUCGGCCCCUACAAGGGCAAACUUAUUGUUGACAAAAUCAAGGAGAAGAAGCCCAAGAUCAUGGUAGAAUUGGGAGGCUAUGUUGGAUACUCGGCUAUUUUGUUUGGUAGUAGUUUACCAGACGAUCCUUCGCUGCACUACUAUAGUUUGGAACUCAACGAGGAGUUUGCCAAUAUCUCCCGUCAGCUUAUAGAUCUAGCUGGGUUGCUGCAUAGAGUGUCGAUCAUUGUAGGUAAGGCGUCGAGCUCACUUGUAGAAAUGGUAGAUCAUUUUGAAGAGGGCAAUAAAGGCUACUUUUCGUUUGACUUCAUCUUCAUCGACCAUUGGAAGGAUAUGUAUGUUCCUGAUCUCCGUGUGCUUGAGUCGCUUACAUUGAUAUCACCAGGUACCAUUAUUGUAGCCGACAAUAUCUACUACCCGGGAGCUCCUGAUUAUGUUAAGUAUAUCCAGGGCCUGCCAGAGGAGAGAAGGGACCAUAAUUACACAGUUACCAACGUUGCAGCUCCAGAAUUCCAGGGCAGGUGGAAUAUACUUUACAAAUCCGAGACGAUUCCAGUCAAGAAUCCCAAAUCGGGAACCGAAGAUGCCAUUGAGGUAACCGAAUGCGUGGAAUACCUCAAUGGUUAG